GGAUGUAUACCCUGGCGGAGCACUACUGCGUGCAAGAUGGGAGCGUCGACAAGGAAGUGUGCGCGUUGCUGGCUUUCACGGCGCCUCUGAUGAGCGUCUCAGUGAGUCAGCGGUUCCACCGCGGCAUUCAGAUCAUUUGGCACACACCUCACAGGUGGCGCUACUUUCAGAUCUUCGGCUUUUUUGCGGUGCUUUUUUACCUCGUGUCGCUGCGGGCCUUCCAGCCCCAGCGCUGGGCGGAGCUACGGGAGCAGCCCUGGCUAGCCUGGCUGCACCAGGCGCACUACACAAUUCACACCUCCGUCUUAGGCACGUUUGUCCUCUCCUGCUUGUCCAUCCUGUACUUGGCCACUGCCAGUGGCGUGAUCUUUCUGUUCUGGAAGACCUCACUGCGUGUGCCAACAGUUGCUGACGCAACCCUCAUGGAUAGCGGCCCACUGCAAAGUAACACAGGCGCUCAAUGUGGUCUAUGUCAGCUGGGCCUUUGUUUGGACAACACAUGCAUGUGAGCAUUUGGGCGGAGCAUGACAGGGUUGCCA